CUGCAUGCAAUUCUAGGGGGGGGCUGCCACCACUACCCCACCUUUGUUCGUGGAUUCUGGGUCGGGGAUAGUCUCGACGCCUGAGGAUUCUGCCGAUGGGGUAGAGGAGGAGGAGGAGGAUGAGCUUGCAGAGAGCACACAGCACUCCAUUCUCCCCAACAGCCAGGAUCUUUUUAUCACCCUGACUGAAGUACCCUCCCAAGCCUCCCAAGCCAGUACCCAAGACUCUGACCCCAUGGAAGGGACCUCAGCAGCUGCAAAUUCCUCAAGCCUCCCUCCUCCAUCCCGAAGGUUAUCACAGAUAAGGCGUCGUAAGAAGAAGACGCGGGAGGACAUGUUUUCUGAAAUUAUGCAAUCCAGCAGGAGUGACAGAGCUCAUCUGAAUGAGUGGAAGGAAACAGUUUCAAAGUAUAGGAAAGAAGUCAGUGAACGUGAGGAGAGGAGGGACCAACGUGAGGAGAGGAGGGACCAACGUGAGGAGAGGAGGGACCAACGUGAGGAGAGGAGAGAUGAUCGAGAUGAGAGAUGGCGGCAGGAAGACCAGAGGAUGAAGGAUGCAACGCUGGGGCUGCUCCGGCGUCUGGUGGAGGUUCAGGAACGGCUGCUGGAAAACAGACUGCCGCUUCAGCCCCUGUUCCACCCUCCCCCCUCCCCAUGUUCCGUAUCCUCCUCACCCAGACGUGUAAGAACGCGGGGGGGGAGGCUCCGUACACCUUCCCAUUCCACCCCAGUAGACAGCCCAAGCAAAAGGCUGUCAUUUUUUUAACCUUUUCUUUGUGGC